UGCGCGAGUACGCGGAGGAGAUGUCAGUAGGGAGGACCCAGAUAUAUUAUUGACGUUAUUCCAGACUGUGCGCAAGAGAUACUUCUCAUCAGACCUGCAGUGAACUAUAGAGCAAAGAAUGGGAAGGAGUAUACGUGGUGUUUUUAACGCUGAAAGCCUGUCCGUCUCCACCGAUCACCGACUUUUGCUUUUCAGCUGUACAUUCAGGAGGGACUAGCUUCUGGAAAACAAGCAAGCUAGCAGUACAGGCUAGCUCCGCAGCGAGGCUAGCUUGCUAGCAAAACUGCUGCCUUUAUUGUGGCCCGCAACGAAACACCCAGCUAGCAUCCGUCGCAUGCACAGAAAGAGAAAAUGGUGUACCUGUUGAAUCCUAUAGAGAACCUUAGAAGCUACAUCAACAACCGUCCACCACUGGUCAUUUUUAUGAUCAGCGUCAGUGCAGUGGCGAUCGCCUUCCUGACCAUCGGUUAUUUCUUCAAGAUUAAAGAGAUAAAGUCUCCAGAGUUGACAGAGGACUGGAACACCUUUCUGCUGCGCUUCAAUGAGCUGGACUUUUGUGUGUCGGAGAAUGAAACGAUAAAGCACGGCCUGAACGAGUCCACCACACCAGAGAGCAUGGUCGUGACCAGCGGCCAAGCUCGUUCCAGCACCCAGGCUCCGCUCCUGCUGGAGGACUCGGGUCCCAUCAACAUCUCAGUCCCCAUCACCCUCACGCUGGACCCCCAGCGCCCGUUCGGAGGGUACUCUCGUAAUAUCACUCACCUGUACGCCACAGUGCUGGGGCAGCAAGUUGGUCUAUCUGGCCGGGAAGCCCAUGAAGAAAUAAACAUCACUUUCACCCUGCCUGUAUCCUGGAAUUCAGACGACUGCGUGCUGCACGGACACUGCGAGCAGGUGGUGUUCAGCACUUGCAUGACCAUCACAGCGGCCAGCAAUAUCUUCCCAGUCACAGUGCAGCCGCCACACUGCGUGCCGGAGACGUACACCAAUGCCACAUCCUGGUACAAGGUGUUCACCACAGUCCGCGACUCGGAUACCAAGUACAGUCAGGACUACAACCCGUUCUGGUGUUACAAAGGAGCCAUCGGCAAGGUGUACCACGCACUCAACCCAAAGCUUACUGUCAUCGUUCCAGAUGAUGACCGUUCUCUCAUCAACCUGCAUCUGAUGCACACUAGCUACUUCCUGUUUGUCAUGGUCAUCACUAUGUUCUGCUAUGCAGUCAUUAAGGGGCGGCCCGGCAAAGUACGACAAACCAACCCUGACUUCUGCCCUGAGAAGGUACAACAGACACCAGCAGUGCUAUGUGACGUGAACAGGUGGCGUUGUCAGAGAGUUAAAAAGUCAUCAGAGAGCUAUGUCAGAACUUACCUGUAACAUGGACAAACUCAAAGAAACAGAAGAAAUAAAAAUAAACAUACCAGUUGCCUAGUGAACCCUGGAAAUACAAUAAGGGACACAAAAGCUCUGUGAAUGCAUUACUCUUGCAAUGUUGGGUUUCUCCAACCAAAGAUAUACAAGUGCCUGUAUCUGUGGUGUAAAUAUUUGUAGGAACUCUGAUAUUCUGUGCAAAACCUUUAUUUUUUUUUCUUUUGGUUUAUUAUUAUAAUUAUUAUUAUCAUUAUUUUGCCUGAGUCCCCUUGUGCCAUGUCAGAACAUGCAGUACGUAAACAAAAGCAAAAGGCCAGAUUCAAGAACUACAUUACCAUUUUUCUACCAUUUUUUCAAAGUCCUUUCCAACUGCAGAGAGGUGGGUCACACUAUACAUUUUAUAGCAACUACCAUGUAAAUGUUUGUUUACAGAAGGUUUUGAGAUAUUCAAAGUGUUUUUUUUAUCUCCUCUGAUGAGAGAGCAUGGUGUUUAGUCACUUAAAAUACGUUUUUUAAGUGAACUGAAUAUGCUUAAAUACCUUGGUUGAGGUAUUUGCUUGAGGAUGAGAUGCUUGUGAAUUAAAUCAAAAGUAUGCACUUGGCAUUGCAGCUUCAACAGGGAAGAGAAUGAAUGUAGCAUGUUUCUCUGCACCAAACCCAAGAGUCUGAUCAGAAUUGGGACAUUUCAUGAAGUCCAUUCAAAAAGCAGCUUUGUGCAAUUAGUUCAUUUAAUUGAAUUUAACUCUCAAUCAUAUUCUGUCUCAGCCAAAUUAAAUAUCCAUUUUCCCCUGUGUGACUGCAGUGUCAGUGAACAAGGAGUAAAGUAUUUAGAUAAUUGCACUGCGCACAUUAAUGUACAAACAAAAUACACCAUCAACAGUGAAAUUAAUGAGUCCCAUUUUAAUGGCAGUUAAAUCAGCUGCAGAACCUGUGGUUUGUGUUGAGAAUUAGUUCUUAUUUUCUUAUUUUGAGACAAGUAGAUGUCGUCACACUUAUAAUAUGAUUUUCUGCCUUUUGUUUUCUUUCCUCCGUGGCUUCAUCAACUCACCUGCCUCUUCGUCUUCUAUCAGCUGCCACUCGCUCUGCCGCGGUUGUGUGGUUUUGGCUUCUAGACUCGUGAUGUUCGAUACAGUCUUCUUUGUUGCACCUGGAUGAAGCGAAACAUUAUCUUGCCUUACCUACAGUACGAUAUGAUUGACUUGCUUGCUUAAAAAUAGGCGGGGAGAUCGUUUUCUCUCUUUCCAACGUUAGCUUGCCAGUCCCUUCUUCCACAGCCAUCUUUCUCUUUUUUGUUCUAUUCCAGUCUGAUGAGCCUGUGGUUUGAAAUCUAAAGUUGUGAUCUGUGUCCUAUUAAUGUAAAUGUCAAGUGGCCCUUGAGUUAUUAUAUUUUUAAGAGGCUUUUGAAUUACUCGUGCUUUUAUUUUAAGCAAGUCAAUAUCAGUUGCACGUGUUCAAGUGUUUGCUUAGUUAGUGCACCUUCAGACUUCUUGCACAUUUUGUGUUAUUCGCUCCCGCAAAGAAAUAAAAAAUAAAAUUAAAAAAAAAUUGUCCAAGGUCACAUGUAAAUGUUUGAUGUUGAACAAACAAGUGGGGCUCCUUAUAAAAAUAAAUAUAAUUAUAAAUUACCCUAUAAUUAUAUUUAUAAAAUUAAUAUAUUUAUGAUUAAAAUAAGUUUUAUUAUUUUGUAGUACAACAAAAUGUGCAAAAACUCACUUGGUGUGUGAGUGUGUGUGUGUGUGUGUGUGUGUGUGAGUGAGUCUGGAAGAUGUUCAGAUAAAUAAAGGCGGCUUUAGACUGUGAUUCUCUGAAAGCUGGUUCCAGGUGACUGAACGCCUGGAUACCUGCGAGUGUAAUGGGAUUUCCUCCGUGCAUAGUGACUUGACUGCGCACAGAAAUAAAACAAGCCCACCUCCCCUGACAUCCAUACAUAAAAGUUGUCAUUGUGUUGUGCUGAAACUGUAGCUUUAAGGAUGGAAAUUUGUGCUCUUCCAUUUUGAGAGCAUGGUUGACUUUGACAAUCAUUUAUUCCAAAUGUACUGCAACACAUUGGAUUUAUAGAAUAAAUUCCUUUUCUUAGAUUAGGUUAAAAUCCUGAGUUUCCAAACACUGUCCGCAGUGCUGUUCUGCCACGAAUGAAAACACUUUUAAAUUGAUCUUCGCGUGUCUUUGCCCAGAGAAGAUGCAGUAGAAACAGUUGUAAAGGAAAACUAGAGAAUAAACAACAAUCUAAAUCCGCCUUUUUAUAAACGUUAUGUAUGACUUUUUUUUUCAAUAGCAAAUUACUGGUAGAUUUUACUUACCUCUGUGUUAUAUUUUUGUUCCAUAAUUGAUGUACCUGUUGAAUGUACUUUUUAAUAAGAAGCAUAAUCUAAAUCUGAGAUGCAAGAAUUCCAACUUAUUUUAAAAUAUGAUGUAGUUUGAUUAUUAUUUUUUUUCUGUUUGAAAGGCUUUACUUGAAUUGUGUUUUAGUUCGAGUGAUAUUCAUAUAUGGUUUAUCUUUUUGUGGCAAAAUGAAUCUCUUGUCACAUUAUUGUAUCAAACACUUUGUACAUUUUAAUUUUUUUUCUGUGUGUGUGUGUGUGUGUGUGCGUGUGUGUGUGUGUGUGUGCGUGCACGUUGGUGGAUGAGUGGGAGGUUGUUGGGUUCUGCUCCUAAUGGUUGUGAUACCUUUUUCGCUCCACAUUGAAUGAUGCUGGGCCAAGUCUUCCUAAUUCUGACGUGUAUCAUAUUCGAGCAUGCACCUGUUGCUUUUUACCGUCAUGGCCGUCUCCUGUGUGCUCACGAUUGGACUCUUUAUGAAGGAUCUGGCAGCUCUUUCUGGACGGGUGGAGAUUGCGGGUGUUGGGUGGGAAGCGGGUGGGAGGUUGGCAGGGUGUGUGUGAGUGGAGGGAUCUUAGAAGAUGUGAAUGAAGCAUGCCAUAUUAUUGCCAAACCGUCAUAAGUAACGUUGGUGACCUGCAUUUACUUGCAUCUUAUCCCUCUUUGUGUGAUUUCUCUGUCUUCAUCUUUGGUUAGAAUUGCGUCUCUAAUUGCAAAAUGCCUUAACAUUGUCUGUUUUUUUGGGGUGGGGGGGGUUUUGUUUCACAUAUCACGUAUUGUAAAACGCACCGGCUUUCCAGAAUCAAAUCCAGACACAAUGCUUGUGUUUCCACCUCUGAGCUCCGAGAAGCUCCAAUGACCACGCUUGCUGUCGUAGCUUUGAAUCUGCUCCACUAUAUCACUGAGGACUGGAGUUAAAACAGUGGAGCCAUAUUCUCCUCCCUGGCUUUUACAUAAAGCAAAACACACACAGGAGUCUCGUAUAUAAGGCUGCCAUUUCACUUUGAUAUCCUUUCUGUCAUAUUAGCAGCGCUUACAGGCUAGUAUUAAGCCAACUCUGUGCCUUCUGCACUGUCGAGCUGCAUCCUCUUCCCUGUACAUACAGUAGAUAGGACCAUAGGUUUAAUGUGGCUAGGAUGUCAUUCAAAUCCUUUUUCCCUCUCCAGUGGAACUGCUGUACAUGAAUUCAAGUUUAAAUAAACUGUCUCUAAAGAUCAACA